UCUGUCUGUCUGUCUGGAACAUUUGGCAACCCUCUCUGAAAACGUGGGAAAUGUUUUGUUUAUAUGGAGUUUGACGAAAACUUUUAAAGUGCUUAUGAAGUAAUUAACCUAGUGUUAUUCUGUGUUUUACAAUCAAGUAAUUGUUAAUUUGACAGAGUUGCUAUCUUCGAUGUUUACAAGCAUUAUCCGAGUUCUUGUUUCAUUUAUCAUAAUGCAAGUCGUCAUAGAAAUGCAGUGGAAAAUGGGAAGGGCCUUUUCUUGAAGGGAACUGAUAAAUAAUUUUAAAAAUUAUAUUUUCUGCUGCCAAAAACAUCUCAACAUUGAAAUAACUAACUGCUGCCAGCUAGAAUUGUAUAAUAUAUAAAUUUCAGAUCUGAAGAAGACAAAUUGCAUUUUCAUCAAAUGUUCUCUGGUUUAUCUAAACUAAUCCAGAUUUCUAAAUGUGCUGUGCAUUUGAGGAAAGCAUAUAACUGGGAUUUUAGCUGUUCUAGGUUGAUUACUAAAACUUUGGUUUGGGAAUUUAAUACUUCAUUUUUAAGCAUGAGUUCUGUUAAAUCAAAUCCUAUUGAUGUUCUGGCUCCACCAGUUAAAGUGCAUGGAAUGACAAUAUUAGACCGUGAUGCUUUUCAAAAAGAAAUUCAAAUUCCAACUCUUUUUAUUUCAGUUGAAAAAAUGAAGCUAGCUCUUAAAGUUUUAAAACCAUAUCUCUUAAAAAUGCGAAAUUUGCAACCUGUUCAAGAAGAAGGAAAUCAGAGAAAAAUAUUUCUCCAUCCUGGAUUAUUUAAUGAAAAAAUGGCUCAUCUUGAACAAACAUUAAAAGAUUUGCCAUUUAAUGUUUCUUGGACAAGCAUACAGUUGGGCUAUGAAAACUGGACUCCUGAAAAUAUUUUUAAAGCUGUAUUACCUGCUCAUACAACUGGUAAUGUUUCUGGUUUUAGUAUAGUUGGCCAUAUUAUCCACUUAAAUUUGAAACCUGAACUACUAGAUUAUAAAUAUCUCAUUGGGCAAGUUUUUCUGGAUAAAUUUUCAAAUAUUAAGACAGUUGUUAACAAAGCUCAAGUAAUUGAAAAUGAGUUUCGUAAUUUUCAUAUGGAGUUGCUAGCUGGAGAACCAAAUUAUGAAGUUACUGUAAAAGAAAAUGGAUUUAGGUAUACUUUUGAUUUUUCUAAAGUAUUUUGGAAUCCUCGUUUGGUUCAUGAACAUGAAGAAAUUGUGAAAAAGGCGAAUUCUGGUGAUGUGGUGUUUGAUGUAUUUGCAGGUGUCGGCCCAUUUGCAAUUCCUUUAGCUAAAAAGAGAUGCCUUGUUUAUGCAAAUGACUUAAACCCUGAUUCUUUUCAUUGGUUGUGCCAUAAUGCUAAGCUAAAUAAAGUGGAGUCCUCCCUUAAAGCGUAUAAUUUAGAUGGACAUCAUUUUAUUAAAACUGUCAUUAAAGAUUAUCUCAUUAAACACUGGACUGAGUUAAAUAGCAUUUCUGUGCAUAUUAUAAUGAAUCUUCCUGCUUGUGCUUUGGAAUUUUUAAAAACAUUUAAAGGUCUUCUUAGUAGACAUGAAUUGAAAGACAUCAAAAUGCCAAUUAUCUACUGUUAUUUCUUUUUGAAAAAGGAUGAAAAAGUUACUGAUGUUUUACAAAAUUAUUUUGCUAAUGAUUUUCAAAAACAUCUAGAAGUGACUCCUGUUAGAGUUGUUGCUCCAAACAAAAAGAUGAUGAGAAUUGCUUAUGCAAUUCCAGAAUCAGUUUUGUUUUAUUCAAAUGAAAUUGAUUGUUCUGAACCUGUAACAAAGAAAAUUAAAGUGUAAUUUUUUAUUUAA